ACAUGAAGACAUCCUAACUGGUUUAACUGGUCUUACACACAUGCUGCAGAGCAGGACACGUCACUAACCGAUAGUUUAAACUCUCACUCGUGCAGUUUCAAGCAGAUACAACAUGUGGAGAAAACAAAUAUAGAACAAACAUGUUGCUGCAAUAAUAAGUUCUCUGCUGAGUCCUGGCGCAAAACUUGCACCCGUUUACGACCGUAAUUGAAUCGUGAAUACACGCCCAGACGCAGGUGUUUUAAUUGAGACUACGGCCUGUCCCUUCGAGCAUUCCGUAGGCGUGAUGACGUCAUUAACUAAAUGAUCUGAUUGGCCAGCGGUCCACAUGUUGCCAGGUUUGAUUCCAAUCGCGUAAAGUUAAACUGCACAACGGGUUUUCUUUAAGAAGCGGAGCAGCGUAGGAGAAACCGGAGCUGAAUCCGUCAAGCGCGGCCGAUAACGGAGAAUAACGGGACACCGGGCUGUGAGCGAGCACACGGGCCGGCGGUGACACCGGAAGCCGCCGGUGACGGGGCCGUUUCUCCUUCUGUCCCUUCCUGAAGCAGCUUCUGUGCGUGUUGGCUGCGGACAUGAGCGGAAGAGUCGGAGACCUCAGUCCUAAACAGACUGAAGCUCUAGAGCAGUUUCGAGAGCGGAUACGAGACAUUCUUCCUCAGCUUCCCGCUCAGAAUGACCACUUCUUGUUGCGCUGGCUCCGAGCCAGAAACUUCAGCGUGCAGAAGUCGGAGGCCAUGCUGCGGAAGCAUCUGGAGUUCAGGAAACAGAUGAAAGUAGACUCCAUAAUCACUGACUGGCGUCCACCGGAGGUGAUAGAGAAGUAUCUGUCAGGAGGGAUGUGUGGCUACGACCGCGAGGGCAGCCCCGUCUGGUACGACGUGAUCGGACCCGUGGACCCCAAAGGCCUCUUCCUGUCCGCCUCCAAGCAAGACUUCAUCAAGUCCAAGAUCAGAGACUGUGAAAUGCUGCAGAUAGAGUGUGACCUCCAGUCACAGAGGCUGGGACGGAACGUGGAGUCCAUCACUAUGAUCUACGACGUAGAAGGUCUGGGCCUGAAGCACCUGUGGAAGCCUGCGAUCGAGACAUACGGGGAGAUCCUCCAGAUGUUUGAAGGCAACUACCCAGAGGGGCUGAAGAGACUGUUUGUUAUCAAAGCCCCCAAGCUCUUCCCUGUGGCCUACAACCUGGUCAAGCACUUCCUGAGUGAGAUCACGCGGCAGAAGAUCCACAUCCUUGGAGCUAACUGGCAGGAGGUUUUACUGAAGUACAUCGAUGCCGAGGAGCUGCCGGCGAUAUACGGGGGAAAGCUCACGGACCCUGAUGGGGAUCCUCGCUGUCGCUACAAGAUCAACCACGUGGGGCCCGUUCCCUCCUCCUACUACGUGCGGGACCACGUUAAGGUGGACUACGAGCAGUGCACGACGGUGGGUCGAGGCUCCUCUCAGCAGAUGGACUAUGAGAUCCUGUUUCCAGGCUGCGUCCUCAGGUGGCAGUUCGCCAGCGACGGGGCAGACGUUGGUUUUGGGGUGUUUCUAAAAGCCAAGAUGGGUGAGUGGAAGAAGGCGGCUCAGAUGCAGGAAGUGGUGCCCACCCAGCGCUACAACUCCCACCUGGUGCCCGAGGACGGCUCUCUGACCUGCGAGCUCCCAGGAGUGUAUGUGCUGAGGUUCGACAACACCUACAGCAUCUUCCAGGCCAAGAGGGUCAGCUUCACGGUGGAGGUCCUGCUCCCAGACCAGCUGCAGCCGUCCCGGACCAACGGAGGCUCCAGCAGUCGUCAAACCCAGGAAAGCAGCCAGUUGUAGCCGGGAGUGGACAUAUAGCAAGCACAGCCUUAGAUACCUGAUUUGAACAGAAACUGCUGAUGAAGCUAAUAUAUAUGUUUUAUAUAUUUUAUGGUUAAAAGCCCUUUAAGUCAUCGCUGACCUAAUUAUGUGGAAACCUUCACAUUGGAUUGUUUCCUGUUCCUGUACUGUCCUCCAUGAGGAGAGAAACCUCACAUCUGCAGCAUGUGCUGCUGCUUCACAACCAACAUCAUUAGAAACCAACCAUGACCUUUGACCUUUCUAGCUGGUUUUCCAGCUACUUACUUACUCUAGCCACAGACUAAAAGCCCUGAACCCAGAUGCGUCGUCCUGUGUCAUUGUGUAUAAAACUGGCCUCUCCUUUAAAAUGCAAAACAUAUGUAGGAUUUUUAUUAGUUUUUUUUAGUGGUCGUUUGUCAAAGUGCUUUAACGGAACAGAGACGUUCUGCCCUGAGGUGCAGCUCAGUCACUUCUGUGUUUUGUCGUCUGUACAUUUGUUGCAGCAGAAAACACAUCAAUAUAAUGAAGUCAUAGCAGCGUUAGGAUUCAUUUAGUUACUAUGCAGGAUAUUUAUCAUGGACUCAUGAAAAAUGAACGUUCCUUCAGGUAACAUUCGCUUACCUGCUUAUUUUGUAAUUCAUAAUUUAUUUUUUAAAGACUGUGUUCAGAUAUAUUAAAGUCUGUAAUUUAUUCAAACAGGUUAAUGUUUGAUAGAAAAUGUUUUGAACAAUAAGCAAUGUUAAAUGUUAUUUAUAACUUCUGCAGUGAAAGAGAAUGAAGCUUGAUCAUGAUCAUCACCUCAGACAAUCACUGGAUGUGUUCAUGUGUCGCGACUGGACCGUACCAAAUAAAUCCACGUGGAACAGAA